UAUGUGUGUAUUGAGUGUCAGUCAUAUAUAGAGUGCAAUGAGUAGUGAAUGUAAGACUCGUGUUGUGUAAGCAAUGAAUGUAUGAAUCGCUUAACAAUUAAUCACAUAAUCAGAUAAUCAUUGGAUUAAAUGAAGUGAUUGUUUGUUAACUGAAGACAAUCGACAAUACAAUUAUAAUCAAAGUGUCAUCAAUUGUCUGCAUCGAUGGCUCGCAAUCCGAGCAUCAGUUCAAUGAUUGCUAACAUCAAUACAAAUAAGAAGACUUCGUUCAAGUCUUAUAUCGAUUUGGAUAUCAAAGACAUGAAUAACUCUGAAGACAAAGAGUGUGUCAACACUGAUGAGAUGUGGACCACUUUAGAUGAGAACGGAGUGACCACUGAUUUAAGUAAAAUCCGCCGAAACUCAUGGCUUCCGUUGGACUCAAAAGAUCGCAGAGUUAUGACUCGCAGUAUGUCUUCAAUUGGAUCACUAAUGAAUGACACCAUCGAUGGCGUCAACUAUUUCUAUAGUCAUACUCGACACCGAACUGGCAUUUGUGGUCAAUUGACACUAAAUACAAAUGGUUUAAUGUUUUUAAGCUAUACAUCGCAGGAACCAAAUGACAACAACUCGAAGACAUCGACCAAUUCUUUAAAUAAUUUUAUACCAUUUAAUAAUGAGAAAAACGCUAUUUUUCAGAUUGAUUUGUUAGCCAUCGAUGAUAUUAAAGACAUGAAUGACAGUAACUUCAUAUCAAUGACAAUCUUCUGUUGGAGUUUACGUAGUAUUCGUUUUCAAAUGAAGAACUGCGACCAAACCCGACGUAUUGUCGAUAAAUUAAGACGUUUGACGACACAUAGUAUUGCCAGAAAGUAUUCAAAGUUAACUAAAUCAUUGAGAGAUAAUUACAGUUAUAUAUUGAAAGCCGAUUGGAUUCAAUUGGAGGGACAUUGGAGUGAAUGUUAUAAAUUAAGACUAACUCAAUGUAAUGAAAACUAUCAAUUGUGUGAUUCUUUAUCACAAACUUUUGUUGUGCCCAAAGCUUUAACCGAUCAAAUGCUGAUCUCUCUAAUAUCAACACAAACUCGAGGACAGAGAGUUCCUGUAGUUUCCUAUAUUUACCAGAAAAAUGGAAAUCUAUUAUUAAGAAGUUCUGCAUUUGACAAUUACGAAGAUUUGAAUUCGUUGUUAAAGGAUAUGAUUAAUCCAUUGCGACAAAUGACUAUCGAUAACAUUUUACCACCACUUGUUGUUGUUGAACAAUGUUAUGAUAAACUUCGAGAGACGUGUUUUUCCAGUCAAUUUGGUGGUCAAUCAAACGGUAGUUUAAGCAAAAUAGGAAAAUGGAUUUAUUAUGUUUGCAGUGCACUUAAAGUUGUUCAGAAUGUCGUUUAUAUCAUCAAAAAUGAAUCCUCUGUUGGAUUGGUUGAAGAAUUUGACAGAGAGUGGAAUUGUGUGAUCUCAUCAUUAGUUCAAAUAAUGAUUGAUCCCAAGAGACGCACAUUUGCCGGCUUUGAAUCACUUAUAAGUAAAGAAUGGCUAUAUUUGCCGGGAUUGGCAUUCAGGAAGACGGGUGCCAUAAAUAUAAAUCACAUUUUGUUCACUUUAUUCUUGGAUUGUGUGUCACAAUUGAUAAUUCAAAAUCCAUAUGCAUUCGAGUUCAGCACAUUUUAUCUCAUUUACCUCUUUGAUUGUCAAUACAUUCAAAUAGUGACACCAUUUUUACCAAAUGCAAGAAAAACGUCAACAAAAAUUGGUUUAGAGUUUGAACCAAAAUGCGGACAAUUGAGAGAAGGUUUGUCUCUCAACGAACUAAUGCUAAUUAAAAAUCCAGUCUUCAGAAGACAUAAACCCAUUGAUACAAAAUCUAAUGAUUUGAAACUGAAUGCACACAUCAGUCAAAUGCACUUUUGGUCAAUGCUUUACCUCCGAUGGCAAUCAACACCCAAUUUAGAGCAUUUAUCGCCGUUUGAGAUCAUUUUGUUAAAUGAAUUACAAUCACGAAACCAGUUAUGA